AAACUGAUGUGGAUUGUAUGUCAGAAGAAGAAACUGCAAAUCAAGCAGUAGAAGAGGAUUUAAUAACUUUAGAGGAAGAUAAUAAGAAAGUUCCAACAGAAAACAACUGGGAAAAGGAUAUAGAGGAUAAGCAAGAAACCACAGAAG